AUGCUUCUCAAUUUCCCCCGCCUGGCGUUGGCAAUUGGUUUAAGGUGCAAGACUAGUUCAUUAGUCAGACCUACUUCCUUCUCUUUCUUCGUCAGAAAUCUCCAGCAAACAUCCAAAACUGAAAAUGUGACUCAGUCUGCGAAUCAGCUCCCCACAUUCUCACCAGAAGAACUUGAAGCUGCAAGACUAGCACGUUUGGCAGGUCUUGGUUGGAUUUCGAAGUUGCCUGAGAAGUGGAUACCCUAUGCUGAGUUGCUGAGAGUGGAAAAACCUGUAGGUACUUUACUUUUACUUAUCCCUUCCUUCUGGGGGAUUACGAUGGCCUCGUAUGCAAUUGCUGCCCCAUUGACUACAAUGUUGUACGCAUCAGGGUUGUUUACCGUAGGUGCUCUUAUUAUGAGAGGUGCUGGAUGUACUAUAAAUGAUAUAUUGGAUAGAAAUUUAGAUAAUAAAGUUGUCAGAACCGUCGAAAGACCGUUGGCAAGUGGGAGAGUCAGCGUUCCUCAAGCAGUUGGUUGGUUGGCUGCUCAAUGUUUCCUUGGAUUGGGUGUUUUGUUAUCGUUACCAUUUGAGUGCUUUUAUCUUGGAGCUUUAUCGUUGCCAUUUGUAUUCACUUAUCCCCUAUAUAAAAGGUAUACAUAUUACCCUCAGGCUGCCUUGUCAUUUGUCUUCUCAUGGGGUUGUUUAUUGGGUUUUCCUGCUGUCGGUGCAGCAUUGGAUCUAUGGGUAGCCUUACCAUUAUUUGUCUCGAAUUUUCUCUGGUGUAUGACUUAUGAUACCAUCUAUGCACAUCAGGAUAAGGCCUUUGACAUAAAGGCAGGUAUCAAGUCGACUGCAUUGGCCUGGGGAGAAAAGACUAAGCCAAUACUCAAUGGUUUGCUGGUAGCUCAGUUGGGUCUAUUCACUUUCUCUGGAUUAAUGAAUGGAAUGGGUCCAGGGUUUUAUGCAACUGCUAUUUGGGGAUUCUCCAGGCUCUUUAAACAAAUCAAAAAUGUAAACUUAGACGAUCCAAAGGAUUGUUGGAGAGCUUUCACUGGUAACAUUAGAACCGGUGAAAUUCUAUGGUUAGGUAUGAUCGUUGACUAUAUAUUAAGAUUAUUAGGAUACCUUUAA